CAUGGUUCAUGCUCUGUGGAGGGCUCAAAGGAAAAUAUUAUUCCGAAUACAAUCGAGGGUUGGCUCCAGAGAGUCCUUUUGUUUCCAUCAUUAAGUCAAUGGCAGGCUGGGGAAGAUAUGGAAGAUUGGCUUUUGUUGGUGAUAUCUUGUUAUCCCUUUAGUAGUUCCAUGGGAGGCUUACACACGUUGAAGCCGGACAGAAAUAUAAGCACUGAGGAGAGCAGUCUUUUAUUGGAAAUAUUUCGAAAACAGAGAAAUAUAUCUGGUAGAUCAUCUACAGUUAAUCAUGCACCACGGGUACAAAUGUUAUUGUCCGAGCUUAUGGUUGUUUCUGUCGGCUACUGCUGGAAGCAAUUCAAUGACGAAGAUUGGGAGUUUUUGUUGUGUCAGUUAAUGAGUUGGAUCCAACCAGCCGUUGUAGUAAUGGAGGAAAUUGCUGAAAGCGUGAAUGGUAUUAUCGUCAAUAGCUCUACUUCAAUGAAUGCAAAUGAAAUUUUAGAAAAGCUUGAGCAAAGUGUUAAGAUUUCAGACCCAAUCCCGUUUUGCAUUUCGAGAAAUGCCCUUUUGUCAUUUUCUUUGUUUUAUGGUUCCUUUGGGCUACAAGGACUGAAAGAUAUGGAAACUUUAAACCCUCAGCGAUUAGAUAAAUUGAACCAUGUCAAUGAUCGCAUUGUUGAAGGAAUUCUUCGCAUGUUCUUUUGCACUGGAAUUUCUGAGGCCAUUGUAUGCUCCUACGGUGAUAAAGCUACAACCAUUAUAGCAUCCUCAAGAAUUGAACUUCCUCAUUUCUGGGACUUGAUAGCUUCAAGUGUUACUAAAUCCUCAAAAGAUGCUAGAGAGAGAGCAGUAAAAUCAAUUGAAUUUUGGGGACUCAGUAAAGGCCCUGUUAGUUCUUUAUAUGGCAUUCUUUUUUCCACCAAACCGGUUCCUUCAUUGCAAUAUGCAGCCUAUUUUAUGCUCUCAACUGAACCAAUUUCUUACUCUGCAAUUAUUAGAGAAAAUACUUCAUGCUACCUGGAUUAUGAUACCACGACUGAACAGGGCUCUACUCAAGUUGAUUUUUCAUCAGAAUAUAAUGUGCUUUUGAAGGAAGAAAUUGUAUUUAUGAUUGAGAAACUCCCUGAUGAUGUUUUUGACAUGGAGUUGAUGGCCCAAGAAAGGGUGAAUAUAUUUCUUGCUUGGUCUUUGUUGCUGUCACACUUAUGGUCAUUGCCCCCAUCCUCAUCUGCAAGGGAAAGAUUGGUUCAAUAUAUCCAGAAUUCUGCUAGUUCAAGGAUAUUAGAUUGCCUUUUCCAGCAUAUACCUGUUGAAGGCAUGGCUCUUCAGAAGAAGAAAGAUACAGAACUUCCAGCUGGGCUAUCAGAAGCUGCAACUGCAGCAAACCAAGCCAUUACCACAGGUUCAUUAUUGUUUUUGGUGGAAUUUCUUUGGCCCGUUGAACCAGUGAAACUGGCAUCAUAUGCUGGAGCAAUAUAUGGCUUGAUGCUCCGUGUUCUUCCUGCUUAUGUUCGAGGGUGGUUUUGUGAUUUGCGUGACCGUUCAAAGUCUUCUGUCAUUGAAUCCUUUACAAAAGCAUGGUGCAGUCCUUCUCUCAUUGCGAAUGAACUGUCCCAGAUAAAGAAAGCUGAAUUUGCUGAUGAAAAUUUCUCAGUUGUUGUAAGUAAAUCAGCCAAUGAGGUAAUUGCUACGUAUACCAAAGACGAGACGGGGAUGGACCUAGUAAUUCGCCUUCCUUCAUCAUAUCCACUGAGGCACGUUGAUGUUGAUUGUAUGAGGAGUUUGGGAAUAAGUGAAGUUAAGCAGCGGAAGUGGUUAUUGUCCAUGAUGUCGUUUGUCCGUAAUCAGAAUGGUGCUUUAGCUGAAGCAAUAAGGAUAUGGAAGCGUAAUUUUGACAAGGAGUUUGAAGGAGUUGAAGAGUGUCCCAUUUGUUACAGUGUUAUCCACACAGUCAACCACAGCAUUCCCCGCUUGGCAUGCAAGACAUGCAAGCACAAGUUCCAUUCAGCAUGCCUUUAUAAAUGGUUCUCCACUUCACAUAAAUCCACCUGCCCUCUGUGCCAGUCUCCGUUCUAAUCUGGACUCAAACUCGACGAUAAGUUUUGACGAUACUUCUUGCAUCAACUCUGAAACAAUGGAGCUGUAAGGUACACAAGCAGACACUUAAAGCGUGUUUCUGUGCUAACCGUGGCAACGAAAAUGAAGGGCAGAACGUAACUACGAACUCAUCCACUUUUUGGCACGAUAUAUUGGUGUUUAAGAUAGCUGAGCAGUUGAUACGGUUCACUUGGAAGAAUGUUUUCUACUUUCUAUAUGUAUUUCUUUUCCCCCAAUUAUAACAUAGCCUGGGUAGAGUAUGUUUGUUUAAUUCAACUGGAUUUGUAUAUAAAUUACCAUUUAGGUUUUUGUUAUUGCUUUUUCUGGAGCUCUAA